GCGACCGAAGUAAGUUGUGUGGUAGAUGCUGUACGAAGGGCCUGCGAAGGCCUGCGAUCACUGCGUGCCUGAGAAUACCCCGGGGCAGGUUUUCGUUGGUUUUUUGGUGCAGAGACUUCACGCCCCGUUCCCAAUCAAACCGUCCCGGACAAACGACCUCCUCUCCACUUCCCUUCACAAUCAGCUUUCUGGACGAGAAACAGGAUUCAUCGUGACGAUUGGCAACGACGGCCGACGGAACUAAAACAAACCAAUCGAACGAGCCGAAACCGAAGCCAAGAUGUCGGGUCGGUUCAUGACCAGCUCAGGUCCCAUCGGCAUGGUCCUCCAACUCCCAACGGGCACCCGACUACUAUGUGGGAUCCUUUUGGCACUCUCUUUUCUCGUCCAACUCCUCCGCUUCAGUCUAUCCGCAACCGAUCUCAAAGCAAUCUUCAGAGGCAGCACGGACGAUGCGCUUGCCUUCCCGUGGCUGGUCGUGGUCCCCGGGAGCGUCAUUUGGAAUCCGUGGACCUUAUUGACCGCUGGCUUGUGCGAAGUGGGUGUUAUCGAAUUAGUCUUCUCACUACUGACACUCUCGAUGUGUGGAAGAUACCUGGAAAGGGUGUAUGGAACGACGGAAUUCAUCAAGUUUUGCUUGGCAACGAUCAGCGUCUCAAAUUUGAUGUCUGUGGUCGUGAAUAUUGCCGAACAUUAUGUGCUCCAUGAUAGUGGAUUGUAUCUUUACGGUUCCAGUUAUCGCGGUAUGAUGGCCUUGCAUGCUGGGUUUCUGGUUGCUUUCACACAACUGAUACCGGAACAUCAAGUCCAAUUAUUCGGUGUAAUCAAAGUCAGGGUGAAGAAUCUGCCAAUGAUCUAUGUUACCUUCUCAAACGUGAUGUGUAUACUUGGAUAUCAGUCGCCGUUUAUCUUGAUCCAAAUGGGCUGGCUAUCCUCGUGGUAUUACCUGCGAUUUAUCCGGUGGAAUGAGAGUGGUGAAUUCCGAGGGGACCGUAGCGAAACCUUUGCAUUCGCCAUGUGGUUCCCUCCCUUUAUCCAGCCGCUUGUUAGAAGGUUGUCGGACGUCGGUUUUGCGAUCGCUGUCAAAUGCAAACUACUCAAACAAUGGAGCCACACGGAUCUCGAAUCUGGUGGAUAUGCACCUGUUCCAGGCGGAGCUAGAGCAGAAGCAGAGCGCCGGAGAGCGAUGGCUCUCAAAGCCCUCGAUCAACGGCUAGCCUCAAACAAGUCGACAAAUGUGACCUCUCCGCCGGAUCCUUCGAAUCCGCUGAAUGUCACCUCGCCUGGUAAUCGGCCAACUACAGUCAUCCCAUCUCCAGCACAACCACCAUUGACAGCUACUAAAACUUCACCAGUCUUUCAAUCGGCUGGCAUCUCUCAGGAACCUGAUUCUCCCGCUGCCAAAGCGGAAUCUGAAAAACGUUGAUAUUACUAGAUAGAUCUAAUUCCCUGGUUUUAUUUUAUUCUAUUUAUAUGUUUUGCUUUUUGGUGAAUAACUCAAAAUAUACAUAAAUAUAUAUGUUCUAUGGAUUGCGAAUUUGUAAGCCCAGUUGUUGCAUCUUUGUCUGGGGGAGCGAAUACUGGUCACACAUGGAUCUCAGGCGACUGAUCACCCUUGGUCAACGUUGUCACUAGUUUCUCUUUCCUCUUUUUCUUUUUCUUCUUCUUUUUUUGUUUUGUUCUCUUUUUUCAAAAAGUUUAUUUUUGGUGGGAGCAUCAGAUUUGUAAUACUUGGAGAGAGCUUUUAUUGUACAGUUUUUUUUUCUUUUCUCCUCUUUUUUUAGUCUUCCUUCCAAAAAAGAAACCUACUUGAAUGAUUAGGCCAGGUUAUUUUAUCAUGAAUAGUAUUUCUUCAAUGAAAAGUAAAUAUUUAGCAAAACA